CUUGGAAGGAAGGAAUUUUCUGGAAUGUGGGAGAAAAAGGCUGGUGAAAGUAGGUUUGUUCGGGCAAUUUAAGCACUGCAAAUCUGCACAGAAGAUCAGCACAAAUCAGAGUAUAUAAUGAGGAAUUUGAGAAGAAAAGGGAAUCUGAGUGUGCAGUAUAUUUACAACGCGUGGCAGUAGGGUGACGUUUGUUGGUUUGAUUUCUAAAUGAAAACCCCAACAAUACUCAGCCACUUUGGUGCAACUGCAGACGCCUCCCCUUGAAAAUUACGAACGACAGCCCCCAAAAGUCUCUAGUAAGCAUGUGAGAAUCUGCACGUAGCAUGCAGACUGACUUUUUAGAAAUCCAGCCCUAACCAGCAGAUGGCCAACAGAGCAGUGAAACAUCACAGAUAGGACGAACCACCGGGAUUCAUCUUCUUCCCUUCAGCAGAGUCAGUCUGAGCAGAAACUUCAGAGGAACUGCCGACACACUAUAACAACAGGACGCCCUGGAUUAGGAUGGAGCUGCCAUGUUGGUGUUUAUUGUUGCUGCUCUCUCUGCAGUCGUUGUCAGCCCACAAUGAUUUCUUCACCUCUAUAGGCCAGAUGACAGAUCUGUUAUACACAGAAAAAGACCUUGUCACCUCUCUGAAAGACUACAUCAAAGCAGAGGAGAACAAACUGGAGCAGGUCAAACGGUGGGCUGAUAAACUGGAUUCAUUGACAGCCACAGCCACACAGGACCCCGAAGGCUUCCUCGGGCACCCAGUGAACGCCUUCAAACUGAUGAAGAGGCUGAACACAGAGUGGGGCAACCUGGAGAGCCUUGUGCUUAGUGACACCACUGACGGAUUUAUUUCCAACCUCACAAUCCAGAGACAGCACUUCCCCACAGAUGAGGAUCAGACCGGUGCUGCUAAAGCUCUCCUCCGGUUACAAGACACGUACAGACUGGAUGCCAACACCAUCUCUACAGGAGACCUACCUGGAGUGAAGCACAAGAGCCAUAUGACGGUGGAGGACUGCUAUGAGCUGGGGAAAAUCGCCUACUCUGAGGUGGAUUACUACCACACAGAGCUGUGGAUGGCCCAGGCCCUGAAACAGCUGGAUGACGGAGAGGAGUCCACUUUAGAUAAGGUGACGGUGCUCGACUACCUUAGCUACGCCAUCUACCAGCAGGGAGAGAUAGAACGGGCGCUGGAGUACACCAAGAGGUUGCUUGAACUGGACCCGGAGCACCAGCGUGCCAAGGGCAACCUGAAGUACUUUGAGUUCCAGUUGGAGAAGCAGAAAAAGGCUGCUGACGCUGAAGCUGAAAAACAGAAGGAGCAAGAGACAACAAAAACAACCGAGAAGAACAAGAAGAAACGGAAGAAGAGGUCCCCAGAGACUUUCUCUCUCAUCCCCGAGAGGAAGAAGUAUGAGAUGCUUUGUCGUGGCGAAGGAAUCCGAAUGACACCCCGCAGGCAGAGCCGACUGUUCUGUCGGUACUAUGACAACAAUCGUAACCCCAAAUAUGUGCUGGGUCCUGUCAAACAGCAAGAUGAGUGGGACCGCCCCUACAUCGUUCGAUACCUCGACAUCAUCUCUGACGCAGAAAUGGAGAGAAUCAAGCAACUGGCGAAACCACGACUGCGCAGGGCAACCAUCUCCAACCCUGUCACAGGAGUAUUGGAGACCGCUUCUUACAGGAUCAGCAAAAGUGCUUGGCUCACUGGCUAUGAUGAUCCAAUGAUUGACACGAUCAACCAGAGGAUUGAAGAUCUGACAGGGCUGGAAAUGGACACUGCAGAAGAGUUGCAGAUUGCGAAUUACGGUGUUGGAGGGCAAUACGAACCUCACUUUGACUUCGGAAGGAAAGAUGAGCCAGAUGCCUUUAAAGAGCUGGGCACUGGAAACCGCAUAGCAACAUGGCUCUUCUAUAUGAGCAACGUGUCAGCAGGUGGAGCCACAGUAUUUCCAGAUGUUGGUGCUGCAGUUUGGCCUCAGAAGGGUACAGCAGUGUUCUGGUACAAUCUGUUUGCUAGUGGGGAGGGAGACUACAGUACCCGACAUGCAGCCUGCCCCGUGCUGGUGGGCAACAAGUGGGUAUCAAAUAAGUGGAUCCAUGAACGAGGCCAGGAGUGGCGGCGACCUUGUGGCUUAAGUGAAGCAGAAUGAUGAAAAACGACAGCCUCCUUAUUACCUCCCUGCCCCUGAUUCCCCUUCCUUGUGAACCACCGAGGACCAAAGAACACUACUGCAGAUCACCGACGACACACGUGGACACAUGGGGUCCAAGUUGCUCACGCCCGUUUCACAAACACUCCAGAAUCAAAGAGAUUGAUUUAAUGUCGAGCCCGGGGACAGCAGUUACCGUCACUGUGACAGAUGACAUGUACUUAAGGUCGUUGAAUAGUUUUGAGAAACUCUCGAGCCCCUUGUCGCUCCCAUGUGUCUUUCUUUGCACUCCGAAUGAACUCUAGCUCUGUGGUGAUGUUAUCCUUCAGCACUUACUGUAGGGAGCAGCUUCCUUCUUCUUCACUUUGAACCUUAAAGGGACAGUUCACAUUUUUUAGUCAGUCUGUGUGAUUCAUUGUAUUCAUUUCAUUCACUGAGCACUUGGGCCUUGCAGUUUUUUGAGAAAAGGAUAAGAUCUUUUUAAUAUUUAAAACCAGAGCUAUAAACUCUUUCUUUGUUAAAAUUACAUUUACCACAUUUAGAGUUCAGUUUUUUCUCCCUAAAUGAGCUUAUUGUUCUGUUGGGAUUUUCUCUGGCGAAUGACUUUACAUAGAAUUGGCAGGUAGUGGGUUUGCUGAAUUUCUCUCUUUUUCCUUAUUGACAUACGGCAGUGAUUUCUGCUUCAAACCACUUAGAAUAAAAAAUAAAGAUAGCGCUAUGUGAUGGGAAUGAAAGAACUCGCAGGAUAUAUAUGAAAGAAAAAGACUGAGUAAAGAAUUGGAAAGUCUGACCACAGUCCAGUGUUUAAACACUUUAUUUGCUCUAAGUUGUGUAACUAAUCAAACGUGAUUAAAGUUGCAUGCUUUAGCUACAUUUAUGCAGUACAGUAAUGCAUAUGACACUCUUUGAGCUUGAACAUGUUGAAUAAAUUUUCGUAAAUAACA